AUGGAAUACGAAUGGAAAGAUAUGGAAGUCGAACUUCGUAAAGCGGGAAUUACAGCGCCCCUCGAUUGGUUUAAAGGCAUCACGUAUGAAGAAUUUUCGAUAUUGCUUAACCCUCCGUACAAUCUCUCAAUGUCGUUUGAGGAACUAUUCGCCCCAAGCAAAAAACGAAGGGACCGAAAAACGCCUCCUCGCCCUUUGAAUAGCUGGAUUAUAUUCAACAGGGAUUAUACCGUUAAAUGCAAACAUUCCGACGAAGCAAGCAGUAAGGAUGGCAGGCGUUUGGCAGCAACAGCUUCCAAAGUCUGGAAGGAAAAAAUGCAAGAGGAUACCGAAUAUUUUAACAUUCUUUCGAAAAUCGCGGAAAACGUACAUAACAUUAUGUAUCCUGAUUAUCGAUACGAUCCUUCAUGUAAAAAGGAAAAAUUUCGAAAGAAAAAGACCUGUGCGGGUUCAACGCAAAAGCGUAAAUGCGUAGCAGCAACAAACACUAUGCGCAAAGAAACUGGCGAAGAAAACGCUGAUAAUAGCAAACUCUUGAAUAAUGACAUAGACAUUGGUACAAAUAUAAACACUUCAAAUAUUAGUCAAGAUAUAGCCGUCCCUAGCAUUGAUGGUAAUAAUGAUUGGAUUCCUUGUCCGUAUCUUUAUUAUCUUGAUAUCAAUGAACCGCCAAGCGAUAGCGAAUAUUUGGACGCAGCAAAUAAAGACGCCAUCGAUGCCCUUUUUGUCGAUAUCACCAGCAGUCCAGAUAGUAACGCUUAUUUUACGCCACACAACUCGCCAAUUAUUGAUCAAUCGGAAGAGUAUAACCUGCCAUUAUCUCGCGAUGGUUUUACAGGGUAUUUGUCAUGGUUUCAAUCGGACGAAUUUAUGGAAAACCCAUUUUUCGGUAGUCAACAGCAAUACUUGUAA